AUGGAUGACUUUCUGCAUUAUGACAACACAACGAUACCUCCUGAUCGCGCUAAACUCAUUGAAACAAUGCUAUCAGUUGAUCACAACUAUCAGUAUAAGCAAUGGGUUGAAAAUCAAGACGUCAUUGUACAGACAGUCCAACAUACUCUAAGGGAUAUACCUCGAGAUUUGUCCUCAUUUGAUCUUUUCUGUCGUUUAUUUCGGACUUAUUAUGAAUUAUGCAAACAAAAACAUCAAGAAUGGAUGACCUCUGCCGAAACUAUUGUCAUCGGGUGGUUGAUAAGUAUGAUGAUGCAACAGAUCAUUGCAAACGAGACUAGAACUUCCCAUGGACAUGGCCGAGCGACGGCUGCCUACAAACGGAUCGCCAACUCUACUGGUUUAACACCAUCUCAGAUCAAAGCAUUGCGCAGAAGUUUCAGAUUUUAUAGUUUCUGGCUUGGAAUGUUCAUCUUCUUUAAUCCAAGAGAUUUGCGAAAAUGGACGUCCCACAACGGCCUACAGAAUCCCGAUAUAUCAAUAAUAUUUCAUGGGGUAGAAAAGGGUACAACAUACGAGCAGCGACAAUCCUCGGACGAAAUAGCAUUUUCAAUCUACUCGGAGAUUUUGAAACACCUGGGAUAUUGUUCAAACGAGGUUCAGAGACUUGGAGUAUAUCAAUCGAAAUAUAGUUCACAGCUCGCAACUUUGAAUAGUACUUCAACAAUCAAUCAACAUCGCGGAGAAAAUGAUUUUCGGUCCUCAGCUGUUCUUCUUCCCCACCCCGACCAUUGCACGAUGCGAAAACGUGGCUUCCUUGAUGAUGGACACGGCUCAGAUGGAUGA